AUGGGGAAAAAAUAAUCAGAAAAUAACAAAUAAUAAAAGAAUAAUGGAUCUAAUAGGAAAGAUAAAUCGAGAGGAAGGCCUCCAAAAUAACAAGUUAAAAAUUUAAAUUGAUAUUCUUAGAUUCAAACUUCCAACUCGAUUGAUACAUAACCUUUCGACAUUAAUUAAAAGUAAUUUUGGUUUACAGUGGAUGAAGCAAGAGAAAUAGUUAGAAUACUAGCAAGUAAAUGCCAAAUUUUAUUUAAAUGUCUCAGCGGAUAAUCUGCAAAUAAUCUUAAGACUUAAUUUUGGUCUUCUAAUCAACCAUAAAUUUCUUUUAAUAUUUUUAAACAAAAACGAUAAGAGUUUGCAGAAAAAGUUACUGUAUAUUAUUUGAUAAUAUCAAAUUAUUUAGGAGCUAUAAACAGAAUUAUUAAAAAAACUUGAAUAAUAUUUAUAAAUUAAAUUGAUUGGGGAAAAGGAGCAGAUGAAUUAUUUUUUUUUUGGAAACAAUACUACUCAUGAUACUACUUUAACAGAAGAAACAUAAGAUACAAUAAUAUAAUUAUUAAAUCCUAUUAUUCAUGAAGAUUUCUUAGGAACAUUGAAAGAACUACUAGUAUUAACAAGUUAACCAGAGAAUUCUAUUCUAGACUUAAAAUAAAUAGAUUUAUAUAAUAUAAAUAAACAUAAACAUUUAGUAAGUUGGGCAUUUGUUAUUGCUUGGGGAAAAGAAGUAAGGGAUCAUUUAACAAGAUUAUAGUAGAAAAUAUUUAGUGAGGAAGAAAUCCCUUCAUAAAAAUAAGACACACCUCAAAAUUUGAUCGAAUAAUCAGCUAAAAUUUAGGAAAAUAAAGAAAAAGAAGUUCUUUUAAAUAUUGAUCAAUUAAUUCAAAACUAUCAAGAAAAGUAUGAAAACGAAAUAAAUGAUUUAAUAGAUAUAUUAAAAUAAAGAUUCACAAAUAAAAUGUGA